CGUCGAUUGUCCUUAGAGCAUUUGCCGGAGUUCUUCUCUCUCUACUUUGUUUCUCUCUCUCUCAUCAAUCGGUUUCAAAGAAUGUUAAGCAAAUGGUUGGAGUAGAAUCCAAUCCAUGGUAGCUUUUCAAUCCCCAAAGCAAAAUCUAGGGUUCGGUAUUCGAAAUAUUUCAUCGAUUUUUCCCAAUUUCGUUCUUCCCCAAAUCGAUCGUCGUUCCUGUUGGUCAAUCGCAGCUUCCAUCAACUUCUUCUUUUCCGGCUGCCGGGACGGUGGCGACUUUUGGGCUUUUUAUUUGAGGCUAUGUAUAUUGAGGAACUGAAUGAAGGGGAGUUGGAGAAUGGGGAAGAGGGAAAUUCAGGUGUCAUUGUUAGUAAUCUGGAGAGUCAGAGCAUUCUUAGGUCUGAUGUGAAAAGGAUCGUUGUUGGAGUUGGGGCUCGUGUACUUUUCUACCCGACUUUGCUUUACAAUGUUUUUAGAAAUAAGCUUCAGACGGAGUUUCGUUGGUGGGACAAGGUUGACGAGUUUAUAUUGUUAGGUGCUGUUCCAUUCCCUGCUGAUGUUCCCCGUUUGAAGGAGGUUGGCGUUCGAGGAGUGAUAACACUAAAUGAGCCAUAUGAGACUUUGGUUCCUUCAACUCUAUAUCGUGAUCAUGGAAUUGAUCAUCUGACCAUUCCAACUAGAGACUAUUGCUUUGCACCUUUAUUGAGUGACAUUUGCAUUGCUGUGAAUUUCAUCCACAAAAAUGCAUCACAUGGACAGACUACAUAUGUUCAUUGUAAAGCUGGACGAGGGCGUAGCACAACCAUUGUUAUUUGCUAUUUGGUGCAAUACAAGCAAAUGACGCCAGAUGAAGCUUAUAAACAUGUGAAAUCAAUCAGGCCAAGAGUGCUUUUAGCAUCAUCACAGUGGCAGGCUGUCCUGGACUUCUACCACCUAAUUGUGCAGAAGGAUGUUUCCUUCUGUCACAUAGAUGAUCUAGGAAAGAAAGUAUCAGGAUCAUCGCAUGAUCUUAUCACAUUUGAUGAUAGUUCUGUAGUUGUUGUAAAAGAAUCCGAUCUUGAUGGAUAUGACCAAAGCAUCAGCCAAAGUGACAUGGGUGAUAUCUGGGCAGAUUUAAGCGUAGUCUGCAGGGUUCGUGUUGCUGGUCAGGCAGCCCUCACAAGAAUCUCUUGUUUGUGGCUCAGCUAUCGAGCAAAACACCAUAGCCAGAAGAUUUCAGGAGAUGAUCUAGGUGUGGGGAAGGGCUGUUCACUUAGUGCUACUCAUUUGGAAGGGUUCAGUGUGGACAUCCAUGUCUAUUAAACCAACUCAGAGGUCACAAGUUUUCUGUACUUACCUCAUAUAUAUGAUAAAAUAUAGCAAAAUAUGUACCAGGCAGAAUUGAAAUUGUUAAUACGUAUCUAUAAGUGAGAUUGUACUGUCCAAUAUGUUUUCA